GUCUGCCCGUCAACGACGACGGGCAGCCACGUUUCAUCGACCGAGCAGACAAGUUCUAUCUUUUCUUUUUUUCUGGUGAUCCCACUAAGAUAUAUCGAUAAAAACAACGCGUCUAUUGGUGACGAUCCACACAGUGUGUGUACGAUCGGUCGAGCGGUGAGAGCAGCCGCGAGGAACUCAACACGCUCACGCAGAUUUCCGUCGUUUCUGCACGUCGUUGCCGGCUUGAAAACGUCACGUGUGGUGCCGGACAAAGAGAAACAGAGAGAGCAUAUGCGAUAGUAUCGUAAACGCGUCGCAUCCCCGCACGUUAAGUGGACGAGAGAACGCUCAGAUAGGAUAUAUGUUAGCGUGCUUUGACUUCGGUGAAGACCGGUGAGACGUGCUGUGCUACUGCGCCCCGACGACAACGCGGAGAGGCUCUUACAAGACUGUGGCUCCCUGGAGAUCGGCGAGGAACGCCAGCGUCGGGUCGCUAUGAUGGAGUCCCUGUGCCAGGUGAACGGCACGAAGAGCAACGGAGGCAACGACAACAGCGCGAACAAUGGCAACAACAACAACCACAACUCAGACUGUCCGGAUCCGCAGCAGAGGCUGGCUGUGCUCAGUUUCGAGCAAGUUAGACGAUUGAAUGAUGUGAUGAACGAGGUGGUGUGCAUCCACGGUCGUGGUAACUUUCCUACUUUGGAAGUCAGAUUGAGAGACCUGGUUACCGUGGUCCGUAGCAAAUUAGAGUCUGACCCGAGCAACGGUGGUGCAGGUAUGAGGGUACGGGACAUCAGGUUGAACGGCGGCGCGGCUUCUCACGUUUUGGCCACCGAGUCGCAACCGUAUAAUGAUCUGGACUUAAUAUUCGCCGUGGAAUUGUCGAGCGGGCGAAACUACGACAAGGUGAAGGCCGCGGUGCUUGGCUCGUUAUUCGAUCUGCUGCCAGAAGGUGUGAGCCGUAAACGUAUCACCACGUGCAGCUUGAAAGAGGCGUACGUGAGCAAAAUGGUGAAAGUGAAUAACGACGGAGACCGGUGGUCCUUGAUUUCCCUUGGGAACUCACGAGGUCACAGGAACGUCGAACUGAAGUUCGUCGACUCGAUGAGGCGGCAGUUCGAGUUCUCGGUCGACUCGUUCCAGAUCGUGCUCGACUCGCUGCUCCUGUUCUACGAGUGCAGCAAGCUACCAAUUGGCGAGAACUUCUACCCAACCGUGGUCGGUGAAUCGGUGUACGGUGAUUUCCAGGAGGCGUUAUACCAUCUUCACAAAAAACUGAUCUCGACGAGGCAUCCGGAAGAGAUCCGCGGCGGCGGCCUGCUCAAAUACUGCAAUCUCCUGGUUAAGAUGUACAAACCCUCUCAGCCUGACUAUAUAAAAACCCUCGAGCGAUACAUGUGCUCGAGAUUCUUCAUCGAUUUCCCGGACAUCAGCCAGCAACGGGCCAAACUCGAGAACUACCUGUGGAACCACUUCGUCGGUCCCGAGGAGGAAGCCCUCAAGUACCAGUACCUGAUGUUGCUUCACAGCGUGGUGGAAGAGUCCACCGUGUGCCUGAUGGGUCACGAGAGACGACAGACCCUAGCUCUCAUCGAGAACCUUGCGUAUCAGGUGUUCUGCCAGGAGCAACAGCAACGAUUGACGAAUCAUCAGCAGGCACCUCCUGGACCGCCCACCACAUACGUUUACGCGAACGGUUACUAUUACGCUCCAGUGAUACCCACCGCGUGCUACACGUGCACGUGCAACUCGUGGAUGGCGUGCUCGUCGUGAUGCGACAUCGACGCCAACGCCAUCGUCGCCACUAGCACCGCCAUCAACACCGCUACGACCACCACCGGCACGAUCACCGAUGUCCGCGAUAACUCUAUGAUCUUUAUUGACCACGGAACCAUCGACGAGCCUCUGCUUACCGACCAGGGGGGCAAUCGUCCUCAACCAGGUUACGAUCGACGUAAUUCGGAUCGUCGUGGUUCGUGUUUAUCCAACAAUCUCGAGAAAGACGCUUGUCGAUCAUUGAUCGUUCACGACAGCGGGUCAAAGGAGCAAAAUCGUUUGCUCCUCAGUUGACGCUUGGACACGCGUCGAACAUCGAACACCGACCGAACCAGAGUGUGACGUAGACGAGAAAGAUUCUCGUCGGAAUAAAACGGAGGAAGAUAAAACCCGCGGUGAUCGAUUCGCCAAAUGGAUCGUGGGAGGACGGUGUUUAUCGUUCGAGAGGGUUGGUGACAGUGAACAAAAACAACAAAAACGAAAGAAACAGCUUCGCGGAAGACUGAAGAGAUCCAGGAGAAGAUCAAAUUCUAACCUAACAGCAGAAACAUUUGUAAUACUGCGCGUUUACGUCCCGGUGUAUCUUUCUGUUUCUCCUGGGCGCGUUUAUUCAACUCCGGUGGACGAUCAGUUGUCGCGGGAGGAAGGACCAAAACACAAUGGUAUUUGCUGUAAAAACGGUCGUAGGGGAUCAACAGAGAGACUAAAGACUCCAAACGAAAUAAAAAAAAAAAAACAGAAAAAAAACGUUGAAAUAAAGAAAGAUAAAGAAACCAAGCGGAACGAAUAUAUAGAAGAAGUAACAAAAAAUGAAUGUGUUGUGCCUAACGAAUUCGAACGGAUGGUGGAGAGAAACGGAAACCGCAAUUGCGCACGCGCGGUGAAAACAUGCGAUGAAUAUACCCGGUAAACUAAUUAUACUAUUGUCGGUGUGCGCGUCGAUGAAACGAGACGGACGCAUAUAUGAGUCGCAACAGUGGCGCGAGAGAGACAGAGACUGUGCGCGCGUUGAGAAAAGAACACACACGCUUUUCAGAGUCCCCGGGAGGACGGUAGCGCCGCCAUGCGGUGGCGUCAGUUCACUAAGUGAUACCGUAUGGAACCGGAAGGAGGGAAGUCAAUUUCGAAGGCGGAGGAACGACGACGAAACGGAAUCGGAAGCUGUACGGAGAACAAUACCGAGGAGUUCGAAAGAAAGGAAAGAGAAGAAGAAAAAACGCCGACGACGAGGGAGAACAAACGAAGGGACAGAGGGCGCCUGGGAUCGGAUCGGAGAACGAAAGGAACGGCUGAUAGAUAGCGCGUACGAAGGCGUCCGUCAGCGUUCCACGGUCGCUCCUCUUUCUUUCCUCUUUUCCCAAAACGAAGAAAAAAGAAAAACAAAAAAAAAAAAAUG